AUGGCUAAGAAGGAUUCUUCAUCUCCUCCAGCUACAAGUGCUGCUUCGACUACUCCACCUGCUUCAACUGAUCCAACAAGACCUUAUGUUUGCACAGUUUGUUCAAAAGCGUUCCAUAGAUUGGAACAUCAAACAAGACAUAUGAGAAUUCAUACUGGUGAAAAACCUUUCCAAUGUAAUUUCUGUUCAAAGAAAUUCAGCAGAAGUGAUGAAUUAACAAGACAUACAAGAAUCCAUUCAAAUACAAGAUUAAAGAAAAAUGGUAAAAGUUCAUCAUCAUAUGAGAACCUAAAUCAACCUAUAACUUAUUAUGUUCAACCUCCAACUCAUCAGCAGCAACAACAACAACAUAUGCCACCUCCACCACCACAAAGUACUCAAAUCCCACCACAAGGCGCUAUUCCAGUUCAACAACCUGGUGCUCCAACUCCACAAUUUUAUAUUCAACAAGUUCCAAUACCUAUACAACAAAUCCCAAUUCAACAUCCAAAUCCUACACAACACUUGCCACAACAAAUAUAUCAACCACAACCACAAGUUGCCAUUCCACCACCUCAACAACAGCAACAACCACAACAACAACCUUCAUUAUUCCAAUCUAAACAAAUCUUUUUACCAAAUAUUCAAUCACCACCAAAGAUUUUAAAAUCUGCAUCAUCAUCCUCAUUCCAAACAUCAUCAUUAUUUUCAUCCAAUAACAAUUCUUCAACGAAUUUAUCAGCUCUUUCAUCAAAAUCAAACUCUUCAACUUCAUUAUAUUCAUUAGGUAAUAACAAUGGUAAUCCAUUAAAUGCAUUAUCAACAUUGAAAAGAAUGACACCAAUUUCCAACAAUUUUACACCAAAGGCCCUACAUACAACUUCAGAAGAAUCAAUGGAACCAGCUAGGAAGAAGUCUAGACCAAAUUCACCAACGAUGUUUCAUCUUAAUGAAACUCCAUUGAGUACUCCAUUACAAAGUCCAAAAUUGAAUGCUGUUGAAAAUGGUAAUAAUGGUGUUAGUUUACCAAGUUUGAAAAGUUUGGAUUUACCUAGCUUUAAUGAAAAAGGUUUAUAA